UGCAUGUGUGUGUGUGUAUGUUCCUGAGUAUGGAGCUAAAGGUGAACAUGGGGUGUUUUCUUCAGUUGCUCUCCACCCAAGUUUUUGAGGCAGGUUCUCUUGUGGAACCUGGAACUUAAUCCAUUCAGCUAGGCUGCCUGGGCAGCGAGCUCUCCCGAGGCUUCUGUCUCUACCUCCCCAGCACUGGGAUAACUCAGGUGCCCAGGCUUGCUGGGGCAGGGAGAUAGUCCACUGAGCUGUCUUCCCAGCCCAUCCUGGUUUUACCCAUAAACAGGACCCUCUGUAGGAAGACUAGAGGGGCAACUUUCCUGUUUCCUCCAUCCCAACCCCAGCCCGGGCAGCUACCCUGGAUUCCACAGGAAGUCUCUGUCCCCAACCUGCAGAAGGCGGGCCCUGAUUGGCUCCAGGGUGAGUAGUAGCCUCUGCUCUUUUCUGGUUGAAAGUAUAACAGAGACGUGGAACAAGGCAAGCGUCGCCUUUCCCCAGCUGGGGAGUAGGUAUAUUGGCUCACAGGUGCCUCUGGGAUAGUCCCAAGACACCCAAAGGUAGAGAGAAAGGGGGUCGCAAGCUCGCAUAGGCCAGCAGGGGGCGCUGGCGCACGGUCCGUGUGGAAACAAUGGCUGGCGGGGAUGGGACGCUGCGCCGCCUGCUGAGACUGCACCGCACCGAGAUCGCUGUGGCGGUAGACAGCGCCUUCCCGCUGCUGCACGCUCUGGCUGACCACGACGUGGUUCCAGAGGACAAGUUCCAGGAGACACUCCGGCUGAAGGAGAAGGAGGGCUGCCCGCAAGCCUUCCAUGCCCUGCUGUCCUGGCUCUUGACCCAGGACAGUGGGGCCAUCCUGGACUUCUGGAGGGUUCUCUUCAAGGACUACAAUCUGGAACGGUACAGCCGCCUGCAUACCAUCCUGGAUGGCUUCCCAAAAGAUGUGGACCUCAGCCAGCCCCGGAAGGGGAGGAAGCCCCUUGCUGGUCCCAAGGUCUCUGUACUGCCACCCAGACCCCCUGCCAAGAGAAAAGCCCCAGAGGAACCUCGUGCUACGCCAACAGCAACCCUGACCCCAAAGAGCUCCUCCAGCCCAGGCUCCCAUCCAAAGACCAAGCCCCCUAAGAAGCCAGAGGGCAACUCGGAAUCACAGCGCCUCCCGCUGGGGAAUGGAAUUCAGGCCGUGUCGGCUUCCGUCCAGAGAGCUGUGACUGUGUCCUCUGGGGAGGUCCCAGGAACCCGAGGGGCCGUGGAAGGGAUCCUUAUCCAGCAGGUGUUUGAGGCAGGAGGCUCCAAGAAGUGCAUCCAGGUUGGGGGCGAGUUUUAUACUCCUAGCAAGUUCGAAGACCCCGGUGGCAAUACAAAGAACAAGACCCGGAGUGGUGGCAGCCUAAAGCCAGUAGUCCGAGCAAAGGGAGCCCAGGUCGCUAUCCCUGGUAGAGAUGAGCAGAGAAUGAGCCAGCAGUGCGGGGUCCCUGUCCUUCCAGCCCUUCCCAGUGAGCCCCAGGUUCACCAGAAGAACGAGGACGAGUGUGCUGUGUGCCACGAUGGAGGUGAGCUCAUCUGCUGUGAUGGCUGUCCCCGGGCCUUCCACCUGGCUUGCCUGUCGCCACCUCUGCGGGAGAUCCCCAGCGGCCUCUGGAGGUGCUCCUGCUGCCUCCAGGGCAGAGUCCAGCAGAACCUGUCCCAGCCUGAAGAGUCCAGGCCCCUGGAGUCACCUGCAGAGACCCCGGUCCUCCUGGGGCUGAGGUCAACUUCAGAGGGAACCAGGGCCCUGUCCAGGGAGCUCCCAGUCAGCUCAGACGCUGCUAUCACCUAUGUGAACCUGCUGGCCCCACCUUCUGCAGCCCCCCUGCCUCUGCUGAGUGCUGGGGUUGAGGGGCAGCAGGGUCCAGCACCAGGCGCGCGGUGCGGUGUGUGCGGGGACGGCGCAGACACGCUGCGGUGUACACACUGUGCUGCCGCCUUUCACUGGCGCUGCCACUUCCCGAUGGCAGCAACCCGACCAGGGACGAACUCCCGCUGCAAGUCCUGCUCUGCAGACCCCACUCCCACGCUGGGCGAGGCAGCGCCCACUUCAGGACGCCCAGCCCCUGUGCUUGCCAAGGUCAGUGUGAGGUGGGGGACGACUCUGCUGGCCAUGAGCCUGCUCUGCAAAGGGAUGAUCUGGAGUCCCUUCUGAAUGAGCACUCCUUCGACGGCAUCCUGCAGUGGGCCAUCCAGAGCAUGUCACGCCCGCUGCCCGAGACACCACCCUUCUCCUCCUAACCCCAGGUGGCCCCGGAGGGUGGGCAGCAUAGCACCAGCCUCUCACCCCAAAUCAUCGGAUGAGGCAGAGUUGCUUUCCAGCCACUGUGUUCUGAGAGGACGUGCUCUGUCACCCCAGCAGCUGGGCUGCUUAGGACCAAGAGCUGGCAGGUCCCAGCCGUCAGUACCCAGCUUGCAGGUGGCCCUGGUCUUUGUGGGGACACAAGGCCAUCCUGUGUCCUGAGAUUAAAGUCACUUCCGUGGGC